GCUGGGCGCGGCUCCGGGGCGGCGGACGCGGUUUGAAUGGAGGGGCGCGGCCUCGGGGGAAUGGGGUGCGCCAUUAAAGGGGCGUGGUUUGUAGCAGGGGCGUGGCUUUCCUCUGGCAGGGCGCUGGGCGGCGCUGAUUGGUCGGCGAGGCGGCACUUCCGGCGCGGCACUUCCGGCGGGACGGCCCGGUGAUGGCGGCGGGCCGCGGGUGGAGGCGGCGGGCGCUGCGCCUGCUCACGGCGGGCGGCGGCGUCCUCCUCACCCGCUUCCCCUUCUGGCACUGCUUCAGCGGGCUGCUCCUCUGCGCCGAGCGCGCCGACCUGCGCCGGCAGCCGGACAUCCCGGUGCCGUACCUGUACGUGGACAUGGGCGCGGCCGUGCUCUGUGCCAGUUUCAUGUCGUUCGGGGUGAAGCGGCGCUGGUUCGCGCUGGGCGCCGCGCUGCAGCUCGCCGUGGCCACCUACGCCGCGCACGUCGGGGGCCACGUCCACUACGGCGACUGGCUCAAGGUGCGGAUGUACUCGCGCACCAUCGCCAUCAUCGGCGGCUUCCUGAUCCUGGCCAGCGGCGCCGGGGAGCUCUACCGGCAGAAACCGCGCAGCCGCUCGCUGCAGUCCACGGGCCAGGUGUUCCUGGGCAUCUACCUCAUCUGCCAGGUACCGGCACGGGGACAGCGCGGGGACAGCCCGGGGUGGGGCCACCCCUGCCCUGCGGGAGCAGCCUCGGGACGGCGCCUGCAGUGCCCCAAAUCGUCUCUGGCGGGAGCCUCAGGGCGGGACAGGAGCCCGGGGGGACAGGGCCGUGUGUCCCCGCAGUGCCACCACGCCCCGACCCGCUCUGUCCCCUCGGGCAGCGGCUGUCCUUGGGGGAGGAGCCUUGGGUGAUUGUUGCCACCAGUGCCACCACACUGUGUCCCCUAAUCCCCCUGGGGCAGAACUCUGUGGGUGCCACCAGUGCCACCACACCGCAGGUCCCCAGGUCCCCUUACACUGGCACUGCCACUGUCACCAGUGCCACCAAACCCCAGGUCCCUGUUGUCCCCUUACACUGGCACUGCCACUGUCACCAGUGCCACCACACCCCAGGUCCCCGUUGUCCCCAAGGAUCAAACCUUAGACUGGCACUGCCAUUGCACCAGUGCCACCACACCCCAGGUCCCCGCUGUCCCCUAACACUGGCACUGCCACUGUCACCAGCGCCACCAAACCCUAGGUCCCCGUUGUCCCCUUGGACUGGCACUGCCAUUGU